GGAUAAUGUCAUUGGUUGAUUUGCGAUCGGGAGCUUCUGUCCAAAUGCAUUGGGAUUUAUUGCUGCAUGGAUUUUCUCAAUUCAUUACGGAAGGUGGAAUUUUUCACGUGUUUUACGACUGACUUCUGAAGAAAGCGGCAUUCGCUAAAAUGUCGAUCAAGGCGCGAUUAAAAUCCCUGAAAGAGGAGCUAAGUACUUUUUCAUUCUGGAAGUCUGUGCGUUGUGAGUUUAUCAUAUCAUUGCUGUACGUAUUUCUUGGCUGUGGGUCCCUGACACAUAUACGAGAAACCGCGCCAGACACCCACUUGAAGGUCGCUCUUAGCUUUGGACUUGCUGAGGCCACUUUGAUGCAAUGUGUCGGCCAUAUCAGUGGAGCUCAGAUGAACCCUGCCAUCACUAUAGCAAUGUUGGCUACCGGUAAGAUUGGACUAGCACGGAGUCUGUGUUACAUUCUGGCACAAGGGCUAGGGGCUCUUACGGGAGCUGGAAUUUUAUACGGAGCCACUCCUGGAAAGUACCAUGGUACGCUCGGGGUUGUCGUUAUAAAAGACGGCGUUAAACCCGGGCAAGCAUUUGCCGUCGAGUUUAUGGUGACGUUUGUGCUUGUGUUUACAUACUUUGCAAACCUUGAACCGAAAAGAGUAGACAUGGGCUCACGAUCACUAUCAGUUGGACUUUCUGUCGUGCUGGGACAUUUAUUUGCGUUCGACUACACAGGUUGUGGAAUGAACCCGGCGCGUUCGUUUGGCCCCGCUGUCAUCACCAAUCAGUGGCAGGAUCACUGGGUAUAUUGGGUGGGACCAAUUAUCGGCGGUAUAUUUGGCGGGUUCACCUACGAUUACACUCAGUGCUCCUCUGAUGAUAUACAGCGUUUCCGCAGCUCUUUCCGUCGGAAAGAGAACAAUUUUAUCGCCGGAAGUGACCAGAGAUGCGAGAGCCCAGUGACCACGGAAUUUUCGUUCAAUUCUAAUUCACAGAGAACUAUGUCUAAUGAGGAUCUCAGAUUGUAAAAUUUAAUCCAUUUUCUUUUCUAAAAUCCAUUCCAAGGUAACAGUGUGUGUAUACCACGUGAUAAAUUGCGUCAUAAAUGCU